CAUAGCCAAGAAACAGCACAGAAGAGAAGAGAGAGAGAGAGAAAGAAAGAAAGAUGCCCAGAAGGGUGUUUGUGCACAUUUUGCUUUUCAGUUUGCCUGCUUCUGCUCUAGUGGAUUCUCCACCUUGUUCUUAAGGAAUGUGUCUGGAGUUCAGGAAUCCAGGGAUUCAGAAGACUGCUUUCCAGUGCAGGAGGCUCUCCCUACUUAGUAUUGGCUAGCACAUGUUUCCUCUUUUUUUCUCCCUAAAGAGGUCUAGAUGAGACGAAGGACAAAAUCCUGAAAGAGGUACUCUUGUGCUCAUCCUCUUGGAAGUAGACACCUGCUUGCCCUGUCCACUUGGGUGUUGUGCUGUCUCCUGGGACUGCAAAGAGACACCUGAUAUUUUCAAUUAGGUAUCAUUUUGUGAGACUUUGACAGUGAAAGUGGCACUGACCAAAUUUCUAUCCCUGGGCCAAGAAUUUCAGGGGGAAGUGACGAACAACUACCUCUGAGAAGAUGGAGCUGUUUAUGAGUGGAUUUCUAGCUUUCUGGAUCAUCCUAUCCUUUUGGUUCGUGCUGUUGUCAGAAUCUGCAUCUCUCCAAGGCCGGACACAGACUCAGGCAGAAGAACGGCUCUUCAGAUAUCUUUUCCAUGCUUACAACCGGUGGUCCAGGCCAGUCCCCAAUACUUCUGAUGUUGUGAUUGUCAGGUUUGGACUGUCUAUAGCUCAGCUAAUUGAUGUGGAUGAAAAGAAUCAAAUGAUGACCACAAAUGUUUGGCUGAAACAGGAAUGGAAUGACUACAAGCUUCAGUGGAAUCCAACAGAUUUUGACAACGUUACUUCUAUUCGAGUACCUUCUGAGAUGAUUUGGAUCCCGGAUAUUGUGCUGUAUAACAAUGCUGAUGGAGAGUUUGCUGUCACCCAUAUGAUAAAGGCUCACCUUUUCUCUAACGGCAGUGUGAAGUGGGUGCCACCAGCCAUCUAUAAGAGUUCCUGCAGCAUUGAUGUAACCUUCUUCCCCUUUGAUCAACAGAACUGCAAAAUGAAAUUUGGUUCAUGGACUUAUGACAAGGCCAAGAUUGACUUGGAAAGCAUGGAGCACCAUGUCGACCUUAAGGACUACUGGGAAAGUGGGGAAUGGGCCAUUAUCAGUGCGGUGGGCACUUACAAUACUAAGAAAUAUGAUUGUUGCAGUGAGAUCUACCCUGAUAUCACUUAUAGCUUCAUCAUCCGCCGUUUGCCUCUCUUCUACACCAUUAAUCUCAUUAUCCCUUGCCUUCUAAUUUCCUGCUUGACCGUGUUGGUCUUCUACCUGCCAUCCGACUGUGGUGAGAAGAUCACCCUGUGCAUCUCUGUCCUUCUGUCCCUCACUGUCUUUCUCCUACUUAUCACUGAAAUCAUCCCAUCCACUUCCCUAGUUAUCCCGCUGAUUGGCGAAUAUUUGCUUUUCACCAUGAUCUUUGUCACCCUCUCCAUCGUCAUCACAGUCUUCGUUCUCAAUGUCCAUCAUCGCUCACCCAGUACUCACAAAAUGCCACACUGGGUCCAGAAUGUUUUUCUGGAUUUCAUUCCCCGCUGGCUCUUCAUGAAACGCCCUCCAGUAAUAGCUUCAGGGUUGAGGGUGACCAGUGAAGAAGUCAUUGCACAAUACGACAUGCCUCCGGCAAACCUCAGCACUUCACGGUGUUGGCUGGAGACAGACGUAGAUGAUAGGUGGGAUGAGGAAGAGGAGAAUCACGAAGAGAUGAUUCAGGCUGGCCGGCUACCCUUGCAAAGCAUUUGUCACCACCAAUGCCUUCAAUAUCGCUACACCAGUGCGCAACAUCUGGGAAGAAAAUUUGUGGAACUGGUUCAUCGCCCAGCCACUAUCAAAACAGAACGUUCAGCUUCAUCUGAGCAGGGCAUUCGGCUGUCUCCAAGCAUCUUGAAGGCGCUGGAAGGGGUGCACUUCAUAGCAAAUCACCUGCGAGCUGAAGAUGCAGAUUUCUCGGUCAAAGAAGAUUGGAAAUAUGUUGCCAUGGUGAUUGACCGCAUCUUCCUCUGGAUGUUUAUCUUUGUCUGUUUGCUGGGGACAAUUGGACUUUUCCUUCCUCCAUUUCUGGCAGGCAUGAUCUAGCACUGAUAUGCAGGAUGAAGAAGCUACCUUUAAAUACAUCAACACCACCAGACAGCCUCCACAAAAAUGCCACCCAAACUUCCAUUUGCCUUCCUAAAGAAGCUAAUAGUAGGAUCAUCCUCUUGAUCCAGUAUCUGUUGCCCAGGAAUUAUUAACAUCAUAUAAAACCCCCAAAACUUAAACAAAGAACUGUAAUGCAAAGUUAAACAAAAAAAAUGCAAAUUUAAACUUGAGGUUUCGUGUACCUGUUUUACAUAUUUUUGUUUUGCCAAAAAUCAAGAGAAAACCAUGCCACCAUUAUUCAGCAAUAUGAUGUGGGGCAGUUCUGUGGGGCAUAAAAGGGGCUUAUGAGCCACAUAUAGUGCAGUGGCCAGAAAUUCUUGAUGCUGUGGCUCAUUAAGCUUGUCUGCUGUUAUUCCAGAAAAGCCAAGGGAAAAGUUAAAAAGCUGGUUGCGGUGGGAAAAUGUCACAAUGUGAGCUAGAAUAAUAUCCAAAAUGGGAAAGUGCUUUGAUUUAACAAAGUCUCUUUAUUACAUGCUGUUGAAGCAGCAUUUAAUUCCUUGUAUUACAAAAAUGUGCUGGGGAGUCUCUGUAUUGAGGAUUUAUAAAUUAUGAGAAUUUCUGGAGAUGCAUGGAAAAUAUUUAUUAUGCCAUCAUUUGGUUUAUACCUCAUCUUCCUGCUGUGGCAAGCAGUCAGGUGGAUAAUAAAUUUUCUAUUAAGGGACUUAAAGUAGAAAUGUUAUUAAGAUAGUAGCU